CGCGAAUCCACUCCCUUCUUCUGUUGCUUCCUAUUUAAAUCCCUCAAACCACUCGGUUGAUUGUCAUCCAGAAAUCAUCCAACGAGAUAAUUCCCACUUCUGCAAAACACUCUCUUUCGAUCCAAUCUACUUCUUCCAACUUCAAAUUCAACAACCAUGGCUCUCGUUCCAAGCAUUUUCGGUGGUCGCCGCAGCAACGUCUUCGACCCCUUUUCAUUGGACAUUUGGGAUCCCUUCGAAGGCUUCCCCUUUUCAAACUCCUUGGCCAACGCUCCCUCCUCUGCUCGUGAAACCUCUGCUUUCGCCAACACUCGCAUCGACUGGAAGGAGACCCCACAAGCCCACAUCUUCAAGGCUGAUCUUCCCGGAAUCAAGAAGGAAGAAGUCAAAGUAGAAGUCGAAGAAGGCAGAGUUUUGCAAAUCAGUGGAGAGAGGAGCAAAGAGCAGGAGGAGAAGAAUGACAAAUGGCACAGAAUUGAACGGAGCUGUGGGAAGUUCAUGAGGAGAUUCAGGCUGCCUGAGAAUGCUAAAGUGGAGGAGGUGAAAGCCAGCAUGGAGAAUGGAGUUCUGACUGUGAUGGUGCCUAAAAUGGAAGAGAAGAAGCCUGAGAUCAAGUCCAUUGACAUCGCUGGUUGAACCUUAUGGUGUUCAUUCUGAGUACUGAGUCUGGGCUUUGUCUCUGCCUCUGUUUGUUUACUAUAUUAUGGAAGAAUGAGCUGUGUUAAUGUGUUUUGUGAACGUUUGUAACUUUUGUUGAAACGCUAUGUGUUUGGUUGUGUAUAAUGAGAAUAAAUAUAAUCCAAGUUGUUCCUUAAGUUUC